AUGAGUUUGGUCAAUUACUGCCCCUGGGAGGUCAAGCUACUUGGAGCCAAGAACUCAUUAAGUGUCCCAAAGGGAAGAUGUUCUGAUCAGCUGUGUUUCUUUCUUUUUUCCUACAGUGACCUGAGGUUCAACAAAAUCAAGGACUUGCAACCCGGUUCCUUCAGACGACUCAAGAACCUCAACACACUACUCCUCAACAACAAUCUCAUACGAGGGAUUCCCAGGGGAGCCUUCGAAGACCUGGAAAACCUCAAAUAUCUCUAUUUGUACAAGAAUGAAAUCCAAUCAAUUGACAGACAAGCAUUUAAGGGGCUUGUGGCUCUUGAGCAACUGUACCUGCAUUUCAACAACAUUGAGUCCUUGGAGCCAGAGUCCUUCACCCACUUGCCAAAGCUGGAACGCCUGUUUUUGCACAACAACAGAAUCACUCACCUGGUCCCAGGGACCUUCACUCACCUUGAGUCCAUGAAAAGACUGCGCCUGGACUCCAACAUGCUGAACUGUGACUGUGAGCUGCUGUGGUUGGCCGACCUGCUGAAGCAGUACUCCGAGUCGGGCAACGCCCAGGCCGCCGCCACCUGCGACCACCCCGGGAGGCUGCAGGGCCGCUCGGUCGCCACGCUCAGCGCCCAGGAGCUCAACUGUGAGGUUCCCAGGAUCACGUCGGAGCCCCGGGACGUGGACGUCACGUCGGGGAACACAGUGUACUUCACCUGCCGGGCGGAGGGGAACCCUAAACCGCAGAUCAUCUGGCUCAGGAACAACAAUGCUCUGAACAUGCGUGACGACAGCCGGCUGAACCUGCUGGAGGACGGCACCCUGAUGAUCCAGGACACCCGGGAGACGGACCAAGGCGUGUACCAGUGUAUGGCCAAGAACGUGGCUGGGGAGGUCAAGACCUCCGAGGUCACCCUCAGAUACUUCGGGGCGCCCUCCCGGCCCAGCUUCGUCAUCCAGCCCCAGAACACAGAGGUGUUGGUGGGGGAGAGCGUGACGCUGGAGUGCAGCGCCACGGGCCAGCCGCAGCCGCGCGUCUCCUGGACCAAGGGGGACCGCACGCCGCUGCCCAGCGACGCGCGCAUCAACAUCACGCCGUCCGGCGGCCUCUUCAUCCAGAACACGGUGCAGGAGGACGGCGGCCAGUACACCUGCUUCGCCUCCAACAACGUGGACACCAUCCACGCCGGCGCACACAUCAUCGUUCAGGCCGUCCCCCAGUUCACCGUCACCCCCCAGGACCAGUCUGCGCUGGAGGGCCACACGGUGGACUUCCCCUGCCAGGCCAGCGGCAACCCGCAGCCCGUCAUCGCCUGGACGCGGGGCAACAGCCCGCUGCCCCAGGACCGCCGGCACCAGGUGCUGUCCAGCGGCACGCUGCGCGUCUCCCGCGUGGCGGCCCACGACGAGGGCCAGUACGAGUGCCAGGCGGUCAGCCCCGUGGGCACCGCCCGGGCCGCCGCGCAGCUCAGCAUCCAGCAGAGGGUAACGCCUGUUUUCACAAAUGCUCCAAGGGACCUGACGGUGGAGUCUGGCCAGGACGCCCAGAUUCCCUGCAGCGCUCAGGGCCAACCUCAGCCCGUCCUCACCUGGAACAAGGAUGGGGUGCAGGUGACAGAGAGCGGCAAGUUCCACAUUAGUCCUGACGGCUUCCUGGAGGUCAAGGACGUGGGCACGGCCGAUGCCGGCCGCUACGAGUGCGUGGCGCGCAACCCCAUCGGCUACCAGGCCGUCAGCAUGGUGCUCUCAGUCACAGUACCGGCAGUGAGCAGAGAGGGCGACACUUUCGUCAGCUCCUCCAUAGAGCAGGCCAUUCGCAACGUGGACAGCGCCAUAGAGUCCACGCGGAGACGCCUCUUCGAUGGGCAGCCCCGGACCCCGGGGGAGCUGCUGGCCCUGUUCCGCUACCCGCGGGACCCCUACACGGUGGGGCAGGCCCGGGCCGGGGAGAUCUUCGAGCAGACCCUGCUGCUCAUCCAGAACCACGUCAACCGCGGCCUCAUGGUGGACACCAACGGCACCGCGUUCCGGUACAACGACCUGGUCUCCCCCCACUUCCUGGAGGUGAUCGCCAACCUGUCGGGCUGCACGGCGCACCGGCGCUUCAACAACUGCUCCGACAUCUGCUUCCACCAGAAGUACCGCAGCCACGACGGCACCUGCAACAACCUGCAGCACCCCAUGUGGGGCGCCUCGCUCACCGCCUUCGAGCGGCUGCUCAAGUCGGUGUACGACAACGGCUUCAACCUGCCGCGCGGCGCCAGCGAGCGCGCGCACAACGGCUACCGCCUGCCGCUGCCCCGCCUGGUGUCCACCGCCAUGAUCGGCACGGAGACGGUCACGCCCGACGACCGCUACACGCACAUGCUGAUGCAGUGGGGCCAGUUCCUGGACCACGACAUGGACGCCACCGUGUCGGCCCUCAGCCAGUCGCGCUUCUCCGACGGCCAGCUGUGCACCACGGUGUGCACCAACGACCCGCCCUGCUUCCCCAUCCAGUUCCCGGCCAACGACCAGCGGCAGCUGCGCAGCGGCGCCCGCUGCAUGUUCUUCGUGCGCUCCAGCCCCGUGUGCGGCAGCGGCAUGACCUCGCUGCUCAUGAACAGCGUGUACCCGCGCGAGCAGAUCAACCAGCUCACCGCCUACGUGGACGCCUCCAACGUGUACGGCAACUCCCGCCACGAGUCGGACGAGAUCCGCGACCUGGCCAGCCAGCGGGGGCUGCUGCGGCAGGGCAUCAUCCAGCGCACGGGGAAGCCCCUGCUGCCGUUCGCCACGGGCCAGCGCACCGAGUGCAUGCGGGACGAGAACGAGAGCCCCAUCCCCUGCUUCCUGGCCGGGGACCACCGGGCCAACGAGCAGCUGGGGCUGACGGCCAUGCACACGGUGUGGUUCCGGGAGCACAACCGCGUGGCCACCGAGUUGCUGCGGCUCAACCCCCACUGGGACGGGGACACCAUCUACCACGAGGCCCGCAAGAUCGUGGGCGCCCAGAUGCAGCACAUCACCUACAGCCACUGGCUGCCCAAGGUCCUGGGCGAGGUGGGCAUGAAGCAGAUGGGCCAGUACGCGGGCUACAACCCCAACAUCAACGCCGGCAUCCUCAACUCCUUCGCCACCGCCUCCUUCCGCUUCGGCCACACCCUCAUCAACCCCAUCCUGUACCGGCUGGACCAGGACUUCCAGCCCAUCCCCCAGGGGCACAUCUCCCUGCACCGGGCCUUCUUCUCGCCCUUCCGCAUCGUCAACGAGGGCGGCAUCGACCCGCUCCUGCGCGGCCUCUUCGGCGCGGCGGGCAAGAUGCGCGUGUCCACGCAGCUGCUGAACACGGAGCUGACGGAGCGGCUGUUCUCCAUGGCGCACGCCGUGGCGCUGGACCUGGCCGCCAUGAACGUGCAGCGGGGGCGGGACCACGGCAUACCGCCGUACAACGACUACCGCACCUUCUGCAACCUGACGUCGGCGCAGAGCUUCGAGGACCUGAGGAACGAGAUCAAGAACCCCUCGGUGCGGGAGAAGCUGCAGAGGCUGUACGGCACCCCUCUGAACAUAGACCUGUUCCCGGCUCUGAUGGCGGAGGACCUGGUCCCGGGCAGCCGGCUGGGGCCCACCCUCAUGUGUCUGCUGUCGGCCCAGUUCAAACGGCUGAGGGACGGAGACAGGUUCUGGUACGAGAACCCGGGCGUGUUCUCUCCGGCCCAGCUGACCCAGCUGAAGCAGGCGUCGCUGUCCCGUGUGCUGUGCGACAACGGCGACAACAUCACACGCAUCCAGCAGGACGUGUUCUCGGUGGCCCAGCUGCCCCACGGCUACGGCAGCUGCGACGACGUGCCCAAGAUCGACCUGCGCAUGUGGCAGGACUGCUGCGAAGACUGCCGAACCAAGGGCCAGUUCAACGCCCUGUCCUAUCACUUCAGAGGACGCAGGUCAGCUGACCACAGCUACACUGGGGAUAAACCAGACACGAGCGCCCAGGAGACCAGUCCAGAGGAUGGAACCAAAGAAAAUGCUGUGAAUGUCACUUUGACCUCCAAGGCCAGCACUGAACCAACAGCCAACGACUUCCAAGACUUUGUCUCCGACAUGCAGAAGACAAUUACAAGUUUGCGCAAACAGAUUAAAAGACUUGAAGCCCGUCUGAGCAAGACGGACUGCACUGACUCUGAGGGCCGCGCCCGAACAGACGGAGACCGCUGGAGGCAGGAGGCCUGCACCACGUGUGAAUGCAGAGACGCCCAGGUCACAUGCUUCGUGGAGUCCUGCCCGCCGGUGGCGUGCCAGAAGCCCGUCAAACUAAAGGGCGCCUGCUGCCCCGCGUGCCUCCAGAGCGAGGCCGCCGCGCCCGAGCAGCGGACGGACAGCCACCACGCGUAAU